AUGCCCUCGUUCAUCGUGCCCAUGCCCGGCGGGAGGGCGCUGGCCGCGGGCGCCGGCAGCAAGGCGGGCAAGGCGGCGCUCACCGGCGCCAGCUUCCUCGGCAACACUGCCGCCGCCUUGUUGACGAUUGCUCCGGUAUUCAGCUUCGUGGCCCCAAUCUUCAGGGAGAAGGCAGUUGGUGACCGGACGGCGUACGGGCACAUCGUCACGCUGUUCAGCAGUGUGGCGAUGUUCCUUUACGCACUCCCGGGCUACCCUGGCGCCAUUGUCUCGCUGAUUAUCAACGGAGUCUCCUCUUUGCUGCAGCUGGUAUAUGUCUGCGUGUUCCUCUGGUUCGGGGUCGGGGCGGCGCGCCGCUACGCUUUCUUCGUCCUCGCCCCUGUGCUCAUCGCGUCAGCGCUCAUGAUCUGUCUAGUUGCCACUAAGGUCAUCUGGGGCUCUCCUUUCGUUGCCGCUGUUGCCGCGGGCGCCGCCCUACUCUCCUACUUCUCCGCCAUUGCUGACGUGGUGGCGGCGGCAAAGAGCAAGGAUGUGGCCAACAUGGAUCCGCUCCUCGAGGUGUUGCUCGGGCUCGUCAACGCUUCCGCUUCGACUGGCUUUGGGUUCUUUUCCACUCCUUGGGAUCUCUACACUGCGAUACCAAACGCCAUCGGAGUUGCGAUCCUGCUGGUACAGUUGGUGGUGUACGUGAUGCACUGCAACCCUCAGCCAGAGCCAGAGCCAGAGCCAGAGCCCGAGCCCGUCCACACCGUCGAUGUGCCGAACUACGCGUUGGAUCUCCAUGCUUUGUUCGCAUGCCCCGUGUAGGCGUAGACCAUCAACCUUCAUGAAAAACUUU